AUGAGGCGUUUCCUGAGCAGAAAGGGCCGCUUCUCCCUGCGCCAAAGCAAGUCUGGGACCCGGAGUGCCUCCAAAGAUUUCUGUAAGUCGAUUUCUUUGAAUCUUAGUUUUUACAUGAUGUUUUCCUCUGUCCGUCCUGCAGACCUCGGCCUCCCAGCCACCAAUCAGAACUGGCCGGAGGCUUUUGGCUUCCGACUGGGCGGCACUGGGCCAAGUUACAUCCUGUCCGUGGUGGAGGGCAGUAGCGCCUACCUAGCUGGCCUGCAGCCCGGGGACCAGGUGGUGGACAUCGAGGGCCAGGACGUGACCAACCUCAGCACACCGGCCCUGAUCGCUCUGGCUCAGACCCUCAAGACAGUGCCCCCCAGCAUUGGAGUGGUUUCUCGGAUCGAACAGAUUGACAUCACUCCCGGCCCAGAUGGCCGCUUUGGCUUCACCAUCGUUGGAGACAGCCCUCUGAUGGUGGAGGACUGCAUGCCCAACGGUCCUGCCGGUCGCAGCGGCCUCAAGGCCCGGGACUACGUCAUGGAAGUCAACGGGAUCCCGGUGAAACACCACGAAACGGCGGCGGCCAUGAUAAAAGCAGCUCAGGGCCGGCCUCUGCGUCUGGGCGUGCUCAGUAUGGCACGGCGUCCCAAGCGGCUGAGCAGCAGCAUGAGGGUGUUGUCACAGAGCGGGGACAGCGUCAGGGAGAGCCGCGCCCACAAGGCCAUGGAGUUCAACAAGAAAGUGGAGGAAGUGCUCGGGGAGGAGCCAGAUGUGAAGGAACAGCUGUUUGAGGUGCUCAAGCAGUACGCUGCCGAGAGGGACGUGGAGAGUCUGGCUGAGGCCCUGCCCGACAUCUUGAUCACGGAGGAGCACCAACAGCUGAUUGACAGCGUCAGGAUCUUCAUUCCCAAGAAGCACCGGGAACGUUUUGACGAGGUGGUGUCCCAGAGCCUGAUGAGCCGGCUCAAAGGGCGAAGCUUCAGCGACCCUAGUCGUAACCACCUUCGCCGCAGCCGGAGCGAGGACCACCCCGAACGCCUCCUGGUCUCCACCCGCGCCAGCUCAGUGCCACGCACCCACGCAGAGGAAGGCGUGGUCCCCCCAGCCCGCGGCAUGCGCAAGACCACCUCGCUCAUAGCUGGGCACUCCAGCGGCACCACCAACUGCAGGACGGUCAGAGUGUGUAAGGGCAACAUGAGUUUUGGCUUCACUCUGCGAGGCCAUGCUCCAGUGUGGAUUGACUCUGUCAUCCCCGGAAGCCCAGCAGACAAGGCCGGUCUAAAGCCAGGAGACCGCAUCCUGUUUCUCAAUGGACUGGACAUGAGGACCUCCUCCCAUGAGAAGGUGGUGUCAAUGCUCCAGGGCAGUGGUGCCAUGCCCACUCUGGUGGUGGAGGACGGUCCGCCUACUUUCACCCUGGCAGAGCAGGACCUUGUAGGUGGUGGCAUUCCCACAGAACGUGCACGCUCCCCUGUGCUCAGCUCCCUGCAGUGGGUGGCGGAGAUCCUGCCCCCGAGCAUCCGGGUUCAUGGCCGCACCUUCGGUCAGCAGCUGGAGCACCUGCUGACCAUCCAGGAAAGGUACACCAUCUGCAAAGCUCUGGAGAACUUCUUCCAGCACAGGAACGUUGACACCCUGAUCGUGGAUGUGUUCCCGGUGCUGGACACGCCGGCAAAACAGGUGAUCUGGCAGUUUGUUUACCAGCUGCUGACGUAUGAGGAGCAGGAACACUGCCAGAGCAAGAUCUCACGCUUUCUUGGAUACAAAGCGCCAGUUCCACCACCACCACCACCUCCUCCCCCUCCUCCGGAGCCUGAGGUUGCCCCCGAGCCCCAUCGACGUAGCAGCUCCAUGAGGGUGACAGGGACCACGUACAGGAGCAGUGUGAGGGGACGUAGCUCUGAUGACCUGGUCAUUGGCACACACUUGGGCAUGGGGCUCCGUGUAGAGCCAAUGCUGGAGACAGGGAUGAGGUUGGCUCCGGGAGAGAGGCAGUCAGGAGACGGUACUUCCCUUCCUGAGACUCCCAACAACCUCACUAAUCUGUCAGCAGUGUACGCUGAACUGGAGAACAUGUAUUCAGCCAAGAGGUCCAAGUCUCUGAAGAGUCGUCCUCCUCCUGCCCCCGAGAGUUUGCUGGACCUGGAGCCUCCGUCGCGCACAGCCUCCCCAACAAUACAUGCUAACACAGCAUAGCAGAGUCUCAAAGCAUCACCCUGCUCUGAAUCUGUUUCAACCCGGCACUUCCGUAAAGGCCCCCCACCCCCUACAUCCUGGCCAGAACCUCUCCCCAGCCCCCCUGCAACCCAGUUCUAUCCAUCAGGGCUGACAAGCCAGACCAGUGGCGAGUCCAACCCUUACAUCAGCCUGGACAGCCCCCCUCCAUCACCUCCAGAGCCCCCUGACUACCCAUCCAGUCCCCCCACCCACCGCAGCGGCAAGCGGCGUUACACCUUCUCCAAACCGCCACGCUCAGAAGACACAGACCGCUUUCUGGAUGCACUGAGCGAGCAGCUGGGACAGCGGGUGGCCAUCAUUGAUGACUUCCUGACCCCUGAGAACGACUACGAGGAGGAUAUUGUGCAGAUGGGCUUCCCAGAUGAGGAGGAUGAGGAUAAUGAAGAGGAGCUGGGUGUGGACGAAGACGAAAAUGGAGGAUUUGUGGCUCCAGAGCUCAGCAGCCCGAGUGACGUUCAAAGCAGCAGUGGAGAAGAGAAUGCCUCCUCCCUCACCUACUCUUCCUCUUCUGAUCACAUCCCCCCGCCCCCAAUGACUCCUCCGCCGCCCCCGCCGGUUCAGUUCAACGACCCGCCUCCUCCCCCUCCAGCACCUGCACAGACUCAGCCUCAGCACCAACAACAGCAACAGCAGCAACAGCUCAGUUACACCCCGGAACACUCCCCAAGAACAUAUGUGCCCAUCCGGCGGAAAUCUGGACCCCCUCCCCCACCUCCACCCCGUAGUAAUCCACCACCAAAACGCCACUCCUUACACAAAGUGCUGCCCACAAGAGAGGAAAUACAGCAACAAAUGCAACAGAUCUACCAGAGCCACCACUCGAUGCCUAAUCAGCCAACGCAGCAGAAAGCCCACUCACCACUGCCUCUCCAGCAACUCCACCAGUCCUUACCCCCACUCCCCUCUCCAGACUCCACCCAUCACCACGCUAACCAUCCUCUUUACAUGAUGCGCCAAGCACAGCAGCAGCCGGCACACCAGGGUCACCACCACCGACGUCAGUCCCGUUCAGCCCCAUCUCCACACCAGCCGUCACCCCAACCGACAGCCCACCCCAGCCAACAAGGUCAGUACUCUGAGGGCAUCUACCAAAGCCACCAGGGCAUGAGACACCAGCCCCACCAUUCUUCUGCAGAGAUGCUCCACCAGAUGCACCCAGCCCCAGCCCACCACUCCUCUGCAGAGAUGCUCCAUCAGUUACAACAAUCCCAGGCCCACCACUCAUCUGCAGAGAUGCUCCAACAGAUACAACAAGCCCAUGCCCACUACUCAUCAUCGGAAAUGCUCCACCAAGUGCACAAAACCAAGGCCCAUCAUUCUUCAACAGAGGUUCUGCAACAAGCUCACCAGAUGCAGCAAAUGCAGCCCCACCACUCCUCAACCGAACUUCUUCAUCAAGCUCACCAGAUGCAUCGGGGACAAGCACACCAUUCAUCCACUGAGCUGCUCCAUCAAAUGCACAAACCCCAGGCCCACCACUCCUCCACAGAACUGCUCCAUCAAGCCCAUCAGAUACACCAAACUAAGCCACAUCACUCUUCCACGGAGCUUCUGCAUCAAGCCCAGCAAGAGCCUGCCUCCCUCCCAGUUCAGCUGAACCGGGACAGCCACUCCCACCAGAGCCGGAGAAGUCUUAAAGGUCAUCAACAGGCCCAAGUGUCACCACAAGGCAGACACCAAGAGCAGCAAAUCCACCAAACCCAUCAUCCCCAGCCCACCAAACCCUCUCCCCAAAGACCCCACUCUAUCCAGCAGACCCACCACCACUCCAGCACGCCUCAGAUCCACCACAUCCACCAUAUGACCCCACAGCCACCUCCGCAGGACUAUCAGCACCAGAUUCAUGUCAUCCACCCUCCCCAGCAGCCCCACAGGCCUCAGCCACUUCUCUCCACCUUUCAGCCCCUGCAACCACACCAGCCCACCCUCUCCACUUUCCAGCCUCUGCCACAACACCACCAGUCCCAGCACCAAGUGCAGUCCUCCACCCAAGCCACCCGUCCACAGUCCCAGCCCUCACAUCACCUGCUUCAGUCGCCGCACCAACCCCAAACUCAGCCCCACCAUAAGCAAUCCCACGGCCAGCCCCAGUCCCUCCCCCACUCUCUAUCUGACCCCUCAGAGCAUCUGGAGCCCCCACCACCUCCACCCCUGCCCCCACCCUGCUCCCCUCCACCCUUGCCCAGGCCUUCGCUGUCCAGGAUGGACUCCAACCACAUGAGCGUGAAGAGGUUGCGCUGGGAGCAAGUGGAAAACUCAGAGGGGACUAUCUGGGGACAGUUGGGAGCAAAUUCUGACUAUGAAAAACUGCAUGACAUGGUGAAGUAUCUGGAUCUGGAGCUGCACUUUGGGACACAGAAGAGCUCCAUGCCUGCUCUAGAACCAUCCCCCCUGCCAGACACCUUCAAGAAGAAAGACGUGAUCGAAAUUCUGUCCCAUAAGAAAGCCUACAAUGCCUCCAUCCUGAUAGCCCACCUGAAGCUCUCUCCAGGGGAACUACGUCAGGUGCUGAUGAAUAUGGCCACUGAUAGGCUGGAGCCAGCCCACAUCAAACAGCUGCUGCUGUAUGCCCCCGAUGCAGAGGAGGUCAAAAAGUAUGAAGAGUACAGACAGGACCCCAGCAAACUCAGCGAGCCAGACCAGUUUGUGCUGCAGAUGUUAUCCGUCCCGGAGUACAAGACCCGUCUGCAAAGCCUCCUCUUCAAGUGUUCUCUGCAGGAGAAGACGGAGGAGUUGAGAGGAGCGUACGACUGCCUGUACAAGGCUUCGCUGGAGCUGAAGACAAGCAAGAAGCUGGCUAAGAUACUAGAGUUUGUGUUGGCGAUGGGGAACUACUUGAAUAACAGCCAGCCUAAAACCAACAAGACCACAGGCUUCAAGAUCAACUUCCUCACAGAGCUGAGCACAACUAAAACAGUGGAUGGGAAGUCGACAUUUCUACAUAUUCUGGUCAAGUCGUUAUGUCAGCACUUUCCUGAUGUGUUGGAUUUCUCCAAAGAUUUAACCAUGGUUCCUCUUGCAGCCAAAGUAAACCAGAGGACUAUCACAUCAGAUCUGAAUGACCUUCACACAACCAUCCAGGACAUUCGCUCAGCCUGUCAGAAGAUGCCUGCCACUGCUGAGGACCGUUUCGCUGUGGUCAUGAGUAACUUCCUGGAAAACAGUCAUCCAGCAGUGCAGUCUCUGGAGUCCCUGCAACAGAGAGCUAUGGAAGAAUUCAGCAAAACUGCCUCUUACUUUGGAGAAGACGGCAAAGCCACCAACACUGAGGCCUUCUUUGGUAUCUUUUCUGAGUUCAUGGGCAAGUUUGAGAGAGCUCUCAGUGAGCAGCAAGCUGCAGAAAGCCUGAAGAGCCCCAGAAGUCCACGAAUGGCCUCCCCACUGGCCUGGUAACACACACAUACACACAUACACACACACACUCGUAUGGAGAUGACUGCACAGAUACACAAACACAUCCACAGACAUACUGCAUGCAUGUACUGUAUGUACAUGCACACACACACACACCUCUCAAUGCACAUUGUUGAGCAAAAAAAAAAAAAAGAUUUUAUGUGUUUUUGGUCAAAUUAAGGGAGAAACUUUUGCAUCAAAGAUGGACAACUUAGCUUUAUACCAGUGGUGUCAUAUCUACUGUUUGUCUUUUCAGAAUGAAACAGAGUUGUUGUCGCAGUCCAAAACUUUAAAUGGCGAAGACUACUACUUAGAAAAUAUCCUUGUAUGGCCGUCAAGGUCUCUCUGCUAUUUGAAAGAUAGUUCCUCAGUAACAUCCAAUAGUUUAAGUUUUCUUUCUCUAAGCCUGAGUUCAGGUCGCGUCUGUAAGCGUGUUAUUACAGCCCUACAGUCAAAUCUUUGCUGUAUAUCCAUGAAUAAGACAUAGAUUUACAAUAAUACUCUUUAUCCUGAAAUAGAUAUUGAAUUAAAAUGCAUUUACAGUCGCUCGGUGGUUUGGAAGAAACCACUAAAGCCAUUCUCCUGUUAGUUUACAUGUUCAGUAUUUUUGUACGCCACCCACCACACUGAAUGUAACAUAAGUCCUUUACUAAGUGAGCAAACACUCGUUGAACUCAGCUGUCCUGAUGAUGGCUUGUUCCAUUGACUCUGUUGUAUCUGCCUCAC